AUGAACUUGAACGAAAAAGAUAAUGUGGCAUCGAAAUAUUUAUUGACCGAAAAUGCUAUCGUCAAUAACACAAUUGAUAUUGAAAAAUUGAAAACACGCAUACAGCAUAUAAAUUCUAAACAAAAUAUAAGCAACCUGGACGAAUUCACGCCAGUAGGAGAUCACACGCCGAUCCUGGUUAUUCAAGUGCAUAAAAAUAUUAAACAUUUGCAACACCUUAUCAUCUCAUUGUCCGAAGUUCAAGGCAUACAGACAGCUCUCUUGAUAUUUUCUCACAGUUUUUACAACGAACCAAUAAACCGCCUCGUAAGGAACAUUGAUUUUUGUAAAGUGAUGCAAAUAUUUUAUCCUUUCUCCCUACAACUUCAUCCGUAUAAACAUCCGGGCAUCGACCCCGGUGACUGUAAGCCUGGCUUGUCGAAAACGAAAAACGCGAAAUAUUGCCUCAUUCGCGACGCCCGUCUCACAGAACACAAACAGCACUGGUGGUGGAAGGCUAAUUUUAUUUUUCAAGGCACAAAGUGCUUACAAAGACAUGGAACUCCUGUAGUUUUUCUCGAAGAAGACAACUACGUUGCACCAGACUUCCUCUACAUGUUCCAAUAUAUCACUCGCUCGUUGGAUUACUUUCCCAGUGUGGACGUCAUGUCAUUUGGAACACCGUGGACGAAAAACGUCAACAUGAAUCUACUCACAGUGGAAUCUUGGAGACCGGCUUAUGAUAUUGGUUUAGCUUUCAAUAAGACGACAUGGCGGAAGAUAUUGCAAUUAUCGGGACAAUUUUGUAUGUAUAACGACUACAGUUGGAGUUAUUCAUUGCUUCAUGUAUUCGAAAGCUUCCCUAAGGGGCAUGUAGACAUGGUGGGGUGCGUGGCGCCACGCGUAUUAUCGACGAAAGAGUAUGAUAAUAAUGUUAACAUAUUUAAAAAAAAAACGGAGUUGUUUUCUGCAUUGAACCUGUUUCCAAAGAAAGUACAAGCCGUUUUCUUAUUUGGACCCGAAGGGAGAGUGGAAAGAGUUCUGAAAGGCCCUCCAGUUGGCAGAGGUGGUUGGAAUGAUCUUCGAGACCAACUCUUGUGUCUGGAUCCCAUGAUGAGCACGACCACAGAAGAAAAGCGAUACAAUGAAUACGAAGUCACCAGAUCCUAA